GGCGCGGCUCGGCGCGGCGGAGCGCGGCAGCGGGAGGCGGGCGCUGUCCAUGGCCCUGCGGAGCGCCGGGCCGCCCCGGGCUCCGCCACCCCGCCGAGCCGAGUGAUGGGCAACACGGUGCACAAGACGCUGGCAGACACAAGUCACCAGACCCGUUCUGUGUCCAGCCGACCCUACUACAGUUUGCCCAACAGCAGCCAUGAGAGACGCUCUGUCCUUGCUAUCACAGAGCCACCGCGUUUCCAUUCCCAAGCCAAAGGCAAGAAUGUCCGUCUGGAUGCUCACUCUCGCAAGGCUACUCGGAGGAACAGUUUCUGCAACGGGGUCACCUUCACCAACCGGCCCAUCCACCUCUACGAGAAAGUGAGGCUGAAGCUGGUGGCUGUGCACCAUGGAUGGAGUGGUGCCCUACGCUUUGGCUUCACCAUCCAUGACCCAUCGCAGAUGAGCUCUGACGACAUACCAAAGUACGCUUGUCCGGACCUAGUGACCCGACCUGGAUACUGGGCCAAAGCUUUGCCAGAGAGGUUUGCUGUCAGAGACAAUAUCUUGGCCUUCUGGGUUGACCGUCAUGGGAGAGUCUUCUACAGUAUUAAUGACGAGGAGCCAAUAUUGUUUCACUGUGGUAUUAAAGUUUCCGGUCCUCUCUGGGCGCUCAUAGAUGUCUACGGCAUUACCCAUGAAGUGCAAAUACUAGAUAGCAUGUUUGCAGAGACCAUGACCACUGCCCGGCUCAGCUCUGCACGACUCAGCACUUGCCUUCCCCAGAGCAACCAUGAUUCAGCCAACUUCAAUAACAAUGAACUGGAGAAUAACCAAGUGGUGGCCAAAAUUGCUAACCUAAACUUGAGUCGGGUACCAGGACUUCCGACAGACAACCACAUCAUCCCCUGUUGCCCAAACAGACGGCAGCGUGCCCAGGGGGUCCCAGCCUUCCUGGAUACAGAUCUGCGAUUCCACCCCACCCGUGGACCUGACAUUACCUUUUCUCAGGACCGGAUGGUUGCAUGCACCAACUGGCAAGAAAGCAAUAGGACUUUGGUGUUUUCUGACCGGCCUUUGCACAUUGGUGAAAGCCUCUUUGUGGAAGUAGGACAUCUUGGGUUGCCAUAUUAUGGGGCCCUUUCAUUUGGCAUCACUUCUUGUGAUCCAAGUACUUUACGGACAAAUGAGCUCCCAGCAGAUCCAGACUUUCUCUUGGACCGCAAGGAGUACUGGGUGGUUUACCGAGCUUUCCCUGUCCUCAACAGUGGCGACAUUCUCAGUUUCAUGGUCUUGCCGAAUGGAGAGGUGCACCACGGGGUGAACGGAGCCAGCCGAGGAAUGCUAAUGUGUGUGGACACCUCACAGUCUCUCUGGGUGUUUUUCACAAUCCAUGGUGUAAUCAACCAGCUCAAAAUAUUGGGCACUGUGCAGUCCAGCCCAGUGACCGUCUCUCCCUCAGGAUCCCCCGGCGGCUCGCAGUAUGACAGCGACUCAGAUAUGGCCUUCAGCGUGAACAGGUCGUCGUCUGCUUCAGAGUCAUCGCUCGUGACUGCUCCCAGCUCACCCCUGAGUCCUCCCGUCUCUCCCGUCUUCCCUCCUCCGGAGCCAUCAAGCAGCAAGAACGGGGAAUGCACCGUCUGCUUUGACAGCGAGGUGGACACGGUCAUCUACACCUGCGGACACAUGUGCCUCUGCAACACCUGUGGUCUUAAGCUGAAGAAGCAACUCAACGCCUGCUGCCCAAUCUGCCGACGGGUCAUCAAAGAUGUUAUUAAAAUAUACCGUCCUUAGUUCUCGCUCGGGCUGUAGGAGGGGGAACUCCGCUAGCAGUAACCAUGCCUUUCCGUCCCUGCUUAUGGGUUAUCGUGCUGGUCAGUCGUUAUCAAGUGGCUCGUUAUCUGUGUUUCCUUAUUUGACCGGUAGGGCACAAUUCAGGGAUAAAAUUGAGCUGAGGAUCUAACAGGGCCCAAAGCCAAGGCUGCCAUAAAAGCCAGGCUUUGAAAAGUCGCGUGCCUACAGAUGAAGCCAGUGAAUCACGUUAUGGACCCAAACCAGCUGCAAAUGAGAAAUUUCCUGUGCAAAGGCUCUUUUUUUUCUCCUGAGGAGAAGGCUAGCUAUGGUGCAGACCGGGAUGGGGAGGUUGCUAUUAUUUCAGUGCUGGGUGCCCCCAGAGUUCCCAAAUCCCAAACCCAAACAACACCUCUGUGCUGCUGCUGAGUACUUGCGGCAGUGCCUGGUGCCCUGCUGUGAUGGAACAAAAUCUUGUCUUAGGAUAAGACCCGGUUGGAAGGGUUCAGAGUGGACAAAACUAAUCUGGAAAUGUAACAUUCAUCUUCUUGUUUCUAACUGGGGCACAAGUUCAGGCCAAAACAGUAGCACAGUGAGAUUCUCACUUGUUUGGGUUUUGGCCCCCUGAACAGGCUGUUGGGGGUACAUGGAGAAGCUGGUUUGAACUUAGAUGAAGCAGCUUUUGCUUUUUUUUGGCAGAGCAGGAAUUUUUUGGACGGGGAGGCUGAGUGAGACCUAGGGAGCAGCCCCUGGGGCUAGCAGCGAUGAACAUGAGCCAUUUUGCAGUCCCCAGACAAUCAGAAUAGCUGUAGCAACAGUGACUUGAGUAGCGGUCAGUAGUGCUGGGUUGUUUAACGCAUCUCCAGUAUGGCUGGCUAAUUUACACAGCUGUAAAUUGCAGCCUGUUCUGUGUGGUUGAGGAUUAAGCCUGCUUUUGGACAACUAUGCUAUGAUCUUGGCUUAGAGCAGGGACUGACAGGGCAUCUUGGAGGAGGCUGGCAGCACAUCUGGCCAGCAGCUGAGAAAGAGGAAAAGCACUGGCCUACCAUCAUCUAAAAUGAUAGUUGUUAAGGGAGCAUUUGCCACAGUCAUGCACGUGCGCUUGCAGUUUGCUCUGCUCCUCUUAGGACUUGGUGUAGUUGCCAUCUUGCACAGUCCUGCCUGCCUCACUUUUCUCUUAACCCUUCCCCUGUAACCAGCGCCACGGCAGGGCACAGCCUUCCUCCUUCCCCAUCCAAGUCCCACACGGACUUCUUGGAGCCCAUGGUGAGAAAUCCAUCUCUGACCCAGUUCAAGCCAGUUCACCUUUGCUUUCUUGGGACCGUGUAUGCUCUGAUUUUACCUGCUGUCUUUCUCCUGCAUCUCCAGGUUUUCUCAGCAAAGCUGUCAUCUGCCUGGAUGCUCUGGUUCCCAGGGAAAGGCCUCGGCAGUAGACAAGAACUUGUUGAAAUGGACAGGGAUCUCACUUGGCUUUACUUGGGAGGAGGAAAGAAAAGGCUCUGAGGCUAUUAUUAGAUGUUGGGACUUAAAAGGUAAAUAGAUUUCAGCUGUGAUUUGGACAGCUACAGGCAGCAGCAACCUACAUGAGCUGGGAAAUGUAUGAGCAGGCUGCAGCAGGGCCGAGUUGGGGAACUUGAUGUCCUCCUUCCUACUGCCCCCAUGGGGACUUACCACCAUCCUCUACCCACUUGCAUGGGGCCUCUCCACUCUGUGACCCAUGCACCUACUGAAUCUGGCCGAGUUUCCAGCUGGGAGAGGCCAGGUUGAUAAGGAAGGGAUGAUGUAGGAUGCAAGAGGGGCUGGUGAGAUCUGAACUCAGUGACUGCGUGUGCCACCAUGUGCACACGUACUGCUUUUUUCAGAAAGGUAUUGCACCUUCAUCACAUCUUAGUCUAAAAAUGAAAGGAAAAAAAAAAAGAAAAUAACCCAUGAAGGUCACAGGGCUUCCGGGUCCAGAGGCGCAGCCUGGCUUUCUGCCUGUCGCUUCUCUACGCCAGUCCCUUUACCCAGCUUCGCUCCAGCCUUUCGUCUCCUGGGUGCUGGUAGCUCUGGGUGUGUUGCCACCUAUCCUGGUUCUGGUUGCCUGGGUGGUGUUUUGGAUGUGCUGUUGACAGUGGUGUGAUCGCUUAUAUAACUGUAAUCAAUCCCUAUCCCAGAUGGUCUCUUACAUCACGGAAAGCACACCCAGGGGAUCAGAUAAUCCUCUUCCCCCAUCAGGCCGUUUCUGCUCUGCAGUCUGUUGUAACAUGCCAUCGUACAGGGCAUAAAGCAAACUCUCCUCCCCUCCCAAAGAGCUAAUUAAUAUUUUCAUUAAGCAUGUAAAUGAGAGGCCCCUUUACCAGGAGAUCUUCUCUCACCUGCUGCCUUGCAGCAUCAGCCCGAGAGCACAGCGGCUUUGCGAAGCAGAGCCCUGCUGGGGUUAACAGCUACAUCACGCGCUGGCUGUGUCCUGGCGUUGAAGCAGGGACGAGCUGUGAGCUUCGGUUCCCGGGUGGAGGGUCAGGGUCCAGAGGUAGUCAGUGGGCGCAAUGCAAAGAGCAGGAUGAUGGCAGAUGCAUGUGAUGGCAGGGUGGAACCGGGGUUGGCCUUGCCCCUUGGAGCACAGCUAGCGGGCAGGAGGGGGGAGCCGUUGCGGGAGUGGGGAGCCCGGGGAAGCUGGCUGAGCUCACCGUGUGGGACACGCACGUGGCGCUAGCUGGGACCAGCCGAGGUCUGGGCACGGAAAUGCAAGCAUGUGUGCCCCCCGUCCCGUGCUGCUAUGCCAGUUGCAGUGCAUGCACAGAGCAUAUGCAUGUGCAGGGCUCAGCCCACACCUGUACCCAAGCGGCACAGUGCCCACGCUUGGCCAGUCGUUAGGUGAGCGUGGCUAAUUUUACGCCUGGGGUUUUGGUGUACCCCUUCUUUUAAGCCAGAAGGGAGAAAGCCAGAGCUCUUCCAGCUCAACGGAGGAGGCCACAUUGCACAGGUUUAAUUUUUGCUGUAGCAGCCAUGGUUGAUUCCCAAAAGGGCCGCAUCCAGCAGGGCCAGCAAGGGCUGGAGCUCAUUCAGGGUAAUUAAACUAGUCAGGGUCCGGGGUGCAGCUGUGCAGCAGAGCGGGAAAUGAGCAGCAGUGGACGCGGCGCCCUGCCUCGCUGAGAGCAACAGGAAUUUUCCAAACUAGGUGCAGAAGCCUCUUAAAAAGAUUUCCAGGAAAAGGUAGCCUCUUACAGAUUUAAUCAUUAGUACUCGUAUUGCUAUUUUUUUUAAACAGUCUGAUGAUAUAUGAUUUGUACAGAAGAUCUGUUUGUGCCUUAUAAGGGUGUCUGUGCACUUUUUAUCCUUUUUAAAGCAACUUUUAAAAAACAAAACAGGGGGAGAAAAUAACACAGAUCAAUGGUAGUUUUAUAGAAUUUUGUGUUCACUGGGAAUCCUGCUUUUUAUAUAUAUAUAUCUAUAUAUAUAUAUAGGAGUGAAAAAAUGUUUAUUUCCUUGGAUUUUCCCCCCUCUCCUCCUAAUCUAUUUGUGGGGGAAAAAAAAGAAAGAAGGAAAAAAGAAAGCAGGGGGAACCCUUUCACCUUCCCCCUUCCCAAGGCAGUUACUCUCUUAUUGUUACCUUUAUGAUUCAAUACUGUGAUCUGUACAUCAUGUUUAAGCUGAAUCAGAUUUUGGACUCUAUUGGGCUUUGCAAGCAAAUCAUUUGGGGGAGUGGGGAGGGGGGAGCCGCACGAGGGAGGGAGCCGCACUUCUACCUGUCAGUACUCUAUAGCGUUGUGUUCAGUGCUGUGUGUUUUAUUUUUUUGUCCAUUUAUCUGUUUUACAUUAAUAUAAUUUUACUUGUUUAUGAAACAAAUAAAACUUUGGCUUGUA